AUCAGUUGGCAUCUCCAGCUUCGUUCAUAUUUUAAUGGCGUCCCCUCCAUAAGAAUCCACAACCCAUCAACAUGGGAAUCUCAAUUUCGUUGUCUAUCUGCUCUGUUCCCGAUCCCAUUUAAUGUCGUCACUCUGAAGGAUCCAUUUGCAGGCCUCUUCCUCUUGACAGAACAGGGAGAAGCAGCAGCAGCAGCAGCAGCCAGAAGUUCACUUGCAGGGUCGAGAAUCCAUGGCUGUUGGGGCUGUUCUUGAUGAUUUAGCGGCAAAGGCGCCGCCUUUUGCCGCCACCGCUCUUGUGGCCGGACUUCUCCUCUGCUUCGUCUUCCUCAGGGGCCUCUCCCAUAAGCAGAGGAACACGGGGCUUCCGCCUGUUCCCACGGUGCCAGGACUCCCAAUCAUAGGGAAUCUGCUGCAAAUGAAAGAGAAAAAACCUCACAAGACAUUCACCAGGUGGGCCGAGACUUACGGGCCAAUCUAUUCCAUCAAAACCGGCGCUGAAACCGUGGUUGUGCUCAAUUCUGCUGAAGUUGCUAAAGAGGCAAUGGUGACGAGGUUCUCAUCGAUCUCCACGAGAAAGCUUUCGAAUGCCCUGGAGAUCCUCACAGCCAAUAGAACCAUGGUUGCAACAAGUGAUUAUAGUGACUUUCACAAGAUGGUGAAACGCUACAUUCUGACAAGUGUUUUGGGAGCAAAUGCUCAGAAGAGGCAUCGUUCCCACAGAGACGCCAUGGUUGAAACUGUCUGUAGACAAAUACAUGAUCAAGUCAGUGGCUCCCCAGGUGAAGCUGUCAAUUUCAGAGCCAUAUUCGAAAAUGAACUUUUCGGGCUUGCGCUCAAACAAGCCAUCGGAGUUGAUAUGAAGUCCAUCUAUGUGGAGGAGCUCAGGAGCACGUUCUCCAAGAAGGAUAUACACAGGAUUCUGGUCAUUGACUUCAUGAACAGUUGCCUCGAGGUGGACUGGAGGGACUUCUUCCCAUACUUGAAGUGGAUCCCUAACAAUAGCUUGGAGAACAAGAUCCGUCAGGUUACUUUCCGAAGGAAAGUACUGAUGAGUGCCCUUAUCAGAGAGCAGAAGAAACGGAUUGCUUCGGGAGAGGAGCUGAAUUGUUAUCUCAACUACUUGCUGUCUGAAGCAAAGACGCUCACAGAGGACCAAAUUGCCAUUUUGGUCUGGGAGGCGAUAAUAGAGACCUCUGACACGACUUUGGUCACAUCAGAAUGGGCCUUAUAUGAGUUAGCUAAAAGUCCGAAGCGGCAGGAUCGCCUGUAUCAGGAGAUGAAAAACAUAUGUGGCUUGGAAAGAAUUACUGAGGAGCAAUUGCCUCAUCUUCCAUACUUGGGAGCUAUUUUCCAUGAAACUCUCCGGAAGCACAACCCUGCCCCAUUAGUCCCUAUCCGUUAUGCACAUGAAGACACACAGUUAGGAGGAUAUUUCAUUCCCAAGGGAAGCCAGAUUGCGAUAAACAUAUAUGGGUGCAACAUGGACAAGAAACAGUGGGAAAAUCCUGAGGAGUGGAUUCCAGAGAGGUUCCUCAAUGACAAGUACGACCCUGCAGAUCUCUACAAGACAAUGGCCUUUGGGGCGGGGAAGAGGGUGUGUGCGGGAUCUCUCCAGGCAAUGCUGAUUGCCUGCAUCAUGAUCGGGAGGAUGGUGCAGGAGUUUGAGUGGAAGCUCAGGGAAGGUGAAGAAGCUGAUGUAGACACAGUCGGCUUCACCACACAUAAGCUUCACCCAUUGCAGGCUAUCUUGAAGCCAAGAAGGUCGGAGUGAAUAGACCUUCAAAAAGUAAAGCUCUGCUCUGGCCUUGUCUGUGGGAUGCGUUGCAUUUUGUAUAUCCUGUUAUGCUUGCAUGUGAUACUUUGUUCGAGCUGCGGAAAGAAUAGGAUGAAAAGAUCACUGCUGCUAAUGCAAUGGUAGUUUAAUGCGGUAGAACUGCACCAGGUUACUAUGUGUUUGUGUUUCUGCGAGAAACCAUCCCAGAUGUAGUAAGUUAAAGUCGAUUUUCAGUUGAAUAAGCUUCAAGCUAUCAAUAUAAGCUGAGUCCUCUGUUUCUGUUUAA